CAUUAUUCACAACACCACAACCAUGGCAUACCCGACGCGGCAGCUUCCUUCACACAUCCGCAGCCAGUCCAGCUCCAUCGGUGGCUCCCAAUCCUCCGCCCAAUCGCCUGCGCUCCUGGCCCGCAUCGCAGAGAAGAAGGCAGAGUUGGCAAGCCUAAAGGACCUACAAACACUGAGUGCAGGACUGGCCGAUCAGAUGCAAAUGCUGGCGGAGAAGCUAGACACGCUCUCUGAUGGCACAGAAGCGGUAGCAGCGGUCUUGUCGAACUGGCAUAACGUUCUUCGAGCUAUCAACAUGGCAUCUAGCAAGCUUCCUCAACCCAAAGACGACGACAACGUAGAUGACAGAUUGGAAGCGGAACCUCCUCUUCCGCAAACUCUCGUCCGCAUCCCAACGCAACAUGCGCCAGGACUUAUCCCCCCGAAAGACACAGAGAAUAUGACCGAAUGAGACACGGGUUAGGUAUAUGCUGGGAAGAAUAGAACAGAUUGCAUUGGGCAGCAUGCCGCCCCGGAACACAAAGAAGGAGCCGCGCCAUUUGGAGUUGGAAGAGUACUCCACCUCUCUCCUCUGUAUGCAGCCCGUGUUCAUAGUGUUAUGGGCGUGUCAAGAAUAUCUAGAAGGAACUUCGUGUCUAGGGACGGCACGCUCCUGACAUGAAUGGGCCGUAGUGCAGACCCGAAAGAGCAUGGAUAGGGCAAUCACACUUGACCUGGUUCUGGGACAGCGUUAGUGAUUGCUGUCAGACAAUCAUGAAGGACCGCCCGGGUGGAGCUAGUCGUGUCACGCAAACAGCCAGUUCGCGGCAGCAUUGAUGCUGAGUCUCUCACACUGAUUGCUGUGAGACGU